AUGCUGGAAAACAAGGAUAGCACCGACCUGUCAUCUGCUAGCUCCUCCGCACAGCUGAGUCUGUCUGCAUACAUGUCCCUGAGCUCGUCCAGACAGUCCCUUUCCGACCGGCGGAAACAGCUCUCUACUCCAGCCACCUCUAUGUCCCAGCUCUCGCUUGGUCCACAGUCAGAAAUCAGCUCGGGAUCCGAGACUACUCACGGCUCUAGGAAUUCGGCCCGUCAGCGUACAUCGAAUUUCCUCCAUAGCUACCAGCCUGCUCUUGAGCCCUAUUACGACCCACACCUGCUGCGCAAAAAGACCCUCGACCACCUGAAAGCAAAACUCCCUCACAUGUCACCACAACAGUUCGACUUUCUGGUGGCAGAGCAGGUGCCCCUUCAGGUGUCUCCUCCUCACGAGAAGAUGUGGGUAGCACCGUCCUUGGGGAAGAACACUAACAACGUGUCUUGUCCUCGUGUGCCGGCUGAGCUGAGCACUACGUCGCUAGCGACGUUCCAGUUCAAGUACUUCUCCUACCUGCUGAAUAUGGAGCUGAAAAGAUUUACCAGACCACUCUAA